AUGGAUGACAACGUUACAGUGCAUGAACUGCAGUCGUCGCCUCCUCGAGGGCUCCCUGUACGGCUGUCGGGGGUUCUGAGUGACUCCACGUUGUCGGCGCAAGGCGCGGUCUCAGAAGCGCUGAAGAUAGACCUCCCGCCGCCAUUCAAAGGUGAUGGCACUGAAUCUUUCUCCAGUUGGGCUCGUCGCUUUGAGGUUGCCGUUGAAGCUAUGAGUUCACCGGAUAUGGACUAUUCUGCUAUGAGAUCUGCUAUUCUACCUACUAGACUUUCUGAUGCUGCAUUUUUGCUCUGGGACAGUUUACCCUCAGCAACAAAGAAGGAUUAUGACACGGUCAAGGUGAAGCUGGGUGUUGUUUUUGGCCCAAAGUAUGACCACAAUGCCAUAGAGGGGGAGAAAUUUCGUCGUUUUGUGGCUGGUUUGGACCCGUCACUUCAGGCCAAAAUACAUGAGCAGGGGGCAGAGGACAUUGAAGAGGCCCUGCGUGUAGCAAGUCGCUGUGAGAGGGCACGUGUGGCUCUUCAGUUAAACUCCACGGAUCACGCCUGCAGGGUCACGUCUGCUGACCAGGUGGCAAUGGUCAGGCCCAGACCCUCGGAGGAUAAGCUCCUUCAAGCAGUAGAACAGCUAACACUCACUGUUGAUGGUCUCAGACAGGAAGUUCACCAGUUACAUGAGAAACAUGGUCUUCUUGCGGCCCGUUUCAGACAGAGGGGCUACUACUCCCCUGAGCGUUAUGGCAGAGAUACUUCCCGGAGAUCCAGUCCUAGCCCCAAUGCACACCAGAGAUACAGGGAGCAGGACACUGACUGGAAAGGCCACUAUCCCUCCUCCCCCAGAUCAGGGACCUAUGCUAGAUAUGAGCGUACGGAUUAUCCUCGCAGUCCCAGCCCAGCGGCGAGGGGACGUAGGGAUCCCAGCCCACGUUCAAGACAAAGUGUGAGGUUUCAAUCCCCUGAGCGACAAGCACCACUCUCGCAGCCGGGAAACUUCCAUUAG